AUGAGUGACACGUCGACGACAAAACAACUUAGUGGAGACAUACUCUCUCCUCCAUCUCAACAUUCGGAAGUACCACUUGGUUCUUCUAAAGACAAUAGUUCGAGUUCAACUAAUGACAAUAAUAAUUUAUCAACUUGGACACUUUCCAAUCUUCAAAAAAUAAAUGUUAGUGAAUUAUACACACGACAACGUCAAAGUUUACGUUCAUGGACAGAAUUUUUUAAUAAAAAUCAAUUUAAAACACCUGCUAAUAUUAAAGCUGGUGGUCGUCGAAUUCUUUUAAAUGUUGAACAUUUUCAAACAAAUUAUGUUAUUGUCAUUAUUGUUUUAUCAAUCUAUUGCAUCAUUACAACACCAGCUUUACUUUUUGUUCUAUUAGCAAUGGGUGCUGGUUGUUAUUUAGUUAGUUUAAAAAAUCGUGAAAGUCAAUUAGCAAUUAUGGGUCGUCAAAUUUCACUAACUCAACAGUAUUUAGCAGUGAUGUGUCUUUGCAUUCCAUUACUUGUUAUGGUUGGUGCUGGUUCAGCAAUCUUUUGGAUUCUUGGUGCCUCAGUUUUUGUCAUAUUUCUUCAUGCACUGUUUCAUCAAACACCAAAUCAAGAAGCAUUUGGAGUACAAAUGGAAGAAGUUUAA